UGGGGACCUUUGGCAAUGAAAUGGUCUAUUCACCAUAAGAAUCUCAAAAAUGCUACCCUGAUUAUGAAACUACAUAUUUGUAAUAUUACAACUGUUUUCCUUAACACUUUUCUCAAAAAGUAUAGUUUUAUAGUUAGCACAGCAUGUAACCAUAACUGAAAAAUUCAUCGACAAACUUAUAGAUAGUAUGGAUUUGUACCUUUGUUUCCUCUUUCUUUCACAAUUGUUGCAUAUUUUUCGGUGUUGUCAAUCCCCAAAUGUUUGAUCCUCUCCAUAUGAGAGAAGCCCAACUAAUUCAAGUCAAUUUGCUACCAGAUGAGAGUCCAACCUCAUUAAUGUCCAAUCCAACUCAUCAUUCUUCAAACAUGAAUCCUGAUCCAAAAUCAACUUAUUUUGAAAAGAGAAAGCAGUAAGAGUUCUCCCGAAUGCUUCAAGAAACCAUGAGUUCUCGCAGAGAAUCUGAGACGCUAAUGCUAAUGUUGAAUGUUUCAGAGCCACCUUCUCUGUGGCAUGAACUCUCAGGGUCAAUCAGAAGCUCAAUUUUACCCACAAGAAACAGACCUUCUUCACUGACCCAAUGGAUUGUAUCAGUGAUCUAUGGCCUCUUCCCCAUACUUCAUUGGGCAAGGAAUUAUAAUCUCAAGUCUUUUAAGAGUGAUCUUAUUGCCGGAUUGACUCUUGCAAGCCUCGGUAUCCCACAGAGCAUUGGGUAUGCUAAUUUAGCUAAACUUGAUCCUCAAUAUGGCCUUUAUACAAGUUUCGUGCCACCUUUGAUAUAUGCCGUAAUGGGUUCUUCACGAGAUAUAGCAAUUGGUCCAGUUGCUGUAGUUUCGCUUCUUCUAUCCUCAAUGACUCAGAAAAUAGUGGAUCCUUUGGCUGAUCCAACUACUUACAGGAAUCUGGUGCUCACAUCAACCUUCUUUGCUGGAAUUUUCCAAGUUUCAUUUGGAUUCUUUCGAUUGGGCUUCAUAGUGGACUUCCUUUCACAUGCCACAAUUGUGGGGUUCAUGGGAGGAGCAGCAAUUGUAAUAGGCCUUCAACAACUAAAAGGACUUCUUGGGAUCAGUCACUUCACUAACAAUACUGAUAUUGUUUCAGUAAUCAGGGCUGUUUGGGUUGCACUUCACCACAAUUGGCACCCUGAUAAUUUUCUCAUAGGAUGCUCAUUCCUCAUAUUCAUCCUUUUUGUGAGAUUCAUUGGUAUGAGGAAAAGAAAACUCUUCUGGUUGGCUGCCACCACUCCUUUGCUUUCAGUCAUUCUGUCAACACUACUAGUGUACUUGACAAGAGCAGAUAAGCAUGGUGUCAAAAUUAUUCAGCAAGUAAAAGAAGGCUUGAAUCCUAGUUCUGUCAAACAAAUUCAACUAACCGGGUCACAUGUUGGCGAAUCAGCAAAGAUUGGUCUCAUUUGUGCAAUCAUAGCUCUUACUGAGGCUAUUGCUGUUGGCAGAUCAUUUGCUGCAGUUAAAGGCUAUCAACUUGAUGGUAACAAGGAAAUGGUGGCAAUGGGCUUCAUGAACAUUGCUGGAUCUUUGUCUUCUUGUUAUGUUGCAACAGGAUCGUUCUCUCGGACUGCAGUAAAUGUGAGUGCAGGCUGUGUUACAGCAGUAUCAAAUAUCAUAAUGGCUAUAACUGUACUUAUAUCCUUGGAAGUGCUAAUGAAGCUCUUGUACUACACACCUAUUGCAAUAUUGGCAUCGAUAAUCCUUUCAGCGCUACCUGGUCUCAUCAACUUCAAAGAGGCUUACAUAAUAUGGAAAGUCGAUAAGAUGGAUUUCCUGGCUUGCUUUGGAGCAUUUGCUGGUGUCCUAUUUGGAUCAGUGGAAAUUGGUCUCUUGACUGCAGUGAUCAUCUCCUUUGCAAGGAUAAUCAUAAGAGCACUAAGGCCAAACAUUGAAAUGCUGGGAAGAAUUGAAGGGACCAACAUAUAUUGCAAUAUGAAGCAGUAUCCCUUUGCCAUUACAACACCAAACUUGCUAAUAAUUCGCAUUGAUUCACCUUUCCUUUGCUUCAUCAAUGCCAAUUUCAUAAGAGAAAGAAUCAUCGCAUGGGUAACUGAAGGACAGGAUGCCAUAAAGGAGAAAACAGGAAUUGAAGUUACUUCGGUGAUCAUUGACAUGUCCAAUGUUCUAAACAUCGACACAUCAGGCAUCUCAGCUAUUGAAGAACUCCACAAAAAGCUGGUCUCUGCUUGUGUACAGGUAGCUGUAGUAAACCCUGGUUGGCAAGUGAUUCACAAGAUGAAGUUGUCAAGGCUUGUCGACAAGAUAGGAGCACGAAUAUUCCUCACUGUAAGUGAGGCUGUGGAAGCACUUGCUAGUAGUGCCAUGAAACAAGAGAACUCUGAUAUUGUUUGAUAAAUACCAAUUUUGUAGCUGUGGUUGUGGUUUUGUUACUUGGAUAUCAUGGUGUAACUGGAGGGUUGAGGUUUUCAUGUUUAGCAACAGCAGAAAAGCCUUUUGCAUCUCUAAAAUAAGAAUACCUACAGUUAAAAUGUAUGAGUUGAGGAUAUGAGAAUGUUAGUCUGUCAUAUACUAUGGUAACUCUUAGAUUUCAGGGAUAAUAUAACAAUGACAAUGCUUCGAUUUGUUUCA